CAAGGCCCAUUAUAGGUCCUGCAUUACCACCUGGCUUCAGGAAACCUUCACAGGACACCGGGAAUAGCAGAUGUGCCAUAGGACCGUCUGUUCCGUCAGAAUUCCGCACCCAGGUAACAGAUAGCAGUGAGGAAGAAGACAAUCUUAUAGGCCCAAUGCCUGCAAAAGGACCAGUGGAGUCUGAUGUGACUAAAGAAUUUGAACGCAGAGCUCAGAGAAUGAAGGAAAAACUUACUUCAUCAGGCAGCGAUGAACCUAAGCAAGUUACCAGGGAGUCAUGGAUGACAGAGCUUCCACCUGAGUUGAAGAGCUUUGGAUUUGGCCCAAGAACAUUCAAGAGAAGAGCUGAUGACAAAUCAGGUGAUAGAUCUAUUUGGACAGAUACUCCAGCUGACAGAGAGAGAAAAGCCAAGGAAAGAGAAGAGGCAAAAAAGUCAACCAGUAAGGAUAAUGAAGAAAUUGUAUUAUCUGGGAGGGACAAGAGACUUGUUGAGCAGGUGACUUCAUACAAUGAGUCAAAGAGGUCAGAAUCUCUCAUGGACAUACAUCAGAAAAAGUUAAAGAGCAAAGCAUCUGAAGAAAAGAGCAAACCUCAAGAAAGAAGGCCAUUUGACCGAGACCAGGAUCUCAAAGUCAAUCGAUUUGACGAAGCACAAAAGAAAGCUCUUAUAAGAAAAUCCAGAGAUCUGAAUUCUAAAUUUGAGCACAGUAAAGGCAAUAUGUUUUUAUAACAUAAAAGCAUGGAGCUUUUUUGAAGUCAAUUAAACUUUGACUACUUAAUUUUUUAAGUAUUUUUCUGUAAAUAAUUGUAUACAAAAUAAAUAUCCUGAUGUUUAACUA